GAUCUACGAUUCAACAACAUAGCUGAGCUUCGACCAGGCUCUUUCCAUAGUCUGUCCGAUUUACACACGCUCUUAUUGAGCGACAACCACAUCAGACAUCUCGCGCCAAGAACUUUCGAAGGCGCGUCCAACUUGAAGAUCCUCUAUCUGUACAAAAAUCGUUUGGAACGGAUCUCGCCGGGAGCAUUCUCUGGACUAUCAAAAUUGGAACAAUUGUAUCUACAUUUCAACCGACUGAAAGAGAUUAAGAAGGGCACGUUCAAUGAUUUACCGUCGUUGGAGAGGCUUUUCUUGCACAGCAAUAUGCUGCAUCAUCUACCAGCGGACGCUUUCCACAAUGUGGGACCCAUGACACGGCUUCGUCUAGAUAGCAAUGCUCUCGUUUGCGACUGUAAUUUGGUCUGGCUGGUACAGAGGCUUCAAAGCAAGCCAUCUGAGAUGGCGGCCUUCUGCCAGUCGCCGAACGAGAUGAAGGGCAGAUCGUUGACAACCAUGUCGAUGGACGAUUUCCAUUGCACUGAACCACGCAUAAUGAAUGGCCCUCAGGAUGUGGAAGUCCGGCUGGGAGGGACCAUUAGCUUUACCUGCGAGGUAAUAGGAGAUCCGAUACCGGAAAUCAAAUGGAUGCGGGACUCUAAUGAAGUAUCGGCCGAUGGGAACCAUUACGUAAUCCAAGAUGAUGGAACAUUAGUAAUAUCGGAUGUAACGGAACAGGAUACCGGUGAAUACGAAUGUGUGGCGAAGAGCGAAAUGGGCUUCACAAAGUCGAGAAAGGCCAGAGCUGUAAUCACGGUAUCACCAUCCUUGAGAUUCACCGAACUGCCUGAAUCACAAACUGUCCAAGUUGGUGCAGACGUUUCUUUCACUUGCAAAGUGUACGGUCGCCCUGCCCCAACUAUUCAAUGGUGGAGAAACGGUCAACUGUUGACCAUCAGUGGUCGUAUCACUAUACAGAAUGAAGGAACUUUAUUGAGAAUCUUUGCCGUAAAGGAGUCAGACUCGGCCAGAUAUGUUUGCCAAGCGAGAAAUUCUAAUGGAUACGCUGAAACGAGCGCAGACUUGAGGAUAGUGGAUGAGUCUUACAGCCCUCCUAAGCUGACGUACGAGCCACACGAUAUGGAGGCGGAACCUGGGGCUAUUAUAGAAGUGCCCUGCAGAGUAGAAGGUUUUCCUAAACCCGUGAUACAGUGGAAGAAGGAUGGGACAGCUGUGGAAGGCUCCAGGUUCCGUGUAUCGCGCGGGGGGAGUUUAUAUCUCUACAACGUUACUGCCACGGAUACUGGAAGGUACGAAUGCUCCGCUGUGAACCAAUAUGGCCGUGCGACCGCCCAGGCACUGGUGCGCGUUCGCCAAGCCGAAGCAACGGAUGUCCUGGUAAUAAGGGCCUUCAAGGAUGCUACCGAGGAGAUCGAUCGAGCCAUAAAUAACACGCUGACGGAUCUUCUUAGCGGUAACAGGCGAACGAAUCCGUUUAGACUCGCGCGCUUUCCAGACGCGGUCGGUCGCGCAGCCGCCAGACCGGCGGAAAUUUUUGAGAGGACGUUGGUGAAUAUACGACGAAUGGUAAAUUCCGGCCUAAGCGCAAAUACCAGCGCUGAAUUCCGAUAUGAAGAAAUUCUAACGGCGGAGCAGGUCAGAGAAAUCGAAAGAUUGUCCGGAUGCACGGGCCACAGACACAGAAAGAAUUGCACGAAUAUGUGCUAUCAUAAUAAAUAUCGUAGCAUAGACGGCAGCUGCAAUAACCUACGUCACCCAACUUGGGGCUCCUCUUACACCGGCUUCCGUAGAGUUUUACAGCCAAUUUACGAAAAUGGAUUUUCAUCGCCAGUUGGUUGGGAAAAAGAUCGUCGUUACUACGGAUAUCCGAAACCAUCUGCGCGUUUAAUCUCGACAACUUUGAUAACCACUCGUAACAUAACUUCCGACAGCGGAAUCACACAUAUGGUGAUGCAAUGGGGACAAUUUCUGGACCAUGAUUUGGAUCACGCUCUUCCUGCAGUUUCUAGCGAGUCGUGGGAUGGCAUAGAUUGCAAAAAAUCUUGCGACAACGCUGCACCUUGCUUCCCUAUGGACGUUCCACCUGGUGACCCCAGAGUCAAUAACAGAAGAUGCAUCGACUUUAUCAGAACGAGCGCAGUUUGCGGUUCUGGCGCGACUAGCGUAUUGUGGGGUAGCUUCACUCCUCGAGAACAAUUGAAUCAACUAACUAGUUACAUGGAUGCUUCCCAGGUAUAUGGUUAUGACGACGCUUUAGCCAGAGAUCUCCGUGAUUUGACUACAGAUCAUGGCCUGUUACGAGAAGGGCCUACAAUUCCCGGUCAUAAGCCUCUUCUUCCAUACGCUUCUGGUCAGUUUGUUGAUUGCAGGAGAAAUCCCUUGGAAAGUUCCAUCAACUGUUUCGUAGCCGGCGACAUCAGAGCCAAUGAACAAGUUGGUCUUUUGGCAAUGCACACGGUAUGGUUGCGCGAACAUAAUCGCGUAGCUCGUUCUUUGCGCGACAUGAAUCCCGGAUGGAACGGAGAAAAAUUGUAUCAGGAAGCUAGAAAGAUCGUAGGUGCUGAGAUGCAACAUAUUACAUACCAACACUGGAUACCUCACGUAUUUGGCAGCACCCCGGGAGAGCUGUUAGGUUCCUAUCGAGGUUACGAUCCUAAUCUCGACGCUAGCAUUUCCAAUGUUUUCGCCACGGCAGCUUUGAGAUUCGGUCAUACGUUGAUUCAGCCUCAACUGCAGCGUCUUAACGAAUCUUUUCAAUCAAUUCCACAAGGUCCUCUGAAGCUACGAGAUGCUUUCUUUUCACCGUGGAGAUUGGUGGAGGAAGGCGGCGUCGACCCUCUUAUGAGAGGGAUGUUCGCCACUGCUGCAAAGUUAAAACUGCCUGAAGAAAACUUGAAUUCAGAACUGACGGAACAAUUGUUCUACACUGCCCACGCAGUGGCUUUAGAUUUGGCUGCAAUGAAUAUCCAACGAGGUAGAGACCAUGCACUGCCAAGUUAUUUGGACUGGCGAAGAUUCUGCAAUAUGUCUCACGUUGAGACUUUCGAGGAUCUAGCCAAUGAAAUUCGUAGCGCCAGAGUUAGACAAAAGUUAAGAGAACUGUAUGGUCAUCCUGGGAACAUAGACGUCUGGGUUGGCGGAGUACUGGAAGAUCAACUGCCCAAUGCCAAAGUAGGACCACUUUUCCAAUGUAUUUUGCUAGAACAAUUUAGGCGUACUAGAGACGGCGAUAGAUUCUGGUACGAGAAUCCAACUGUAUUCAAGCCGGAGCAACUCGGCCAAAUAAAACAAACAAGCUUGGCUAGAAUUUUAUGUGAUAACGGCGACAAUAUUGACAGAAUUCAAUCGAACGUGUUCUUACUGCCCGAGAAUGAUAAUAAAUUCGUCAGUUGUGAUGAGAUCCCGUACAUGGACUUGAGAGUCUGGUCCGAAUGUUGCGACGGAUGCGAAGACCACAGUAACACGAUUUCGAGAUUCAGACGUGGCGCAAUCAAAUAUUUAUCACCGCAGAAUAAUCACAUCUCUUUGAAAGAUAUAAGUACACGAAGUCAAAGUGAAAAAAUAGAAUAUUUAGAAAGAACAAUUGAAGAGACUGAGCAGGAGUCUAAGAAGGUUAUGGAUCUUGUAGAAUCCUUGUCUCAUAAGAUAGAAGAACUGAAAUCGCUUUUAAAGGAUGUGAAGAAAUCGAAUAAA